AUGGCACUCCCACCGAAAUUCGCCGGCCAGCUCCUCGCCUCCUCCUCCCGCUCAGAAUCCAAACACACCCUAGAACUUUACCUCGACUACGUCUGCCCCUUCAGCGCAAAGAUCUUCAAGACAUUCUUCACCGAAGUCCGACCACUGAUCGAGAAGAAAUACACGAAGCCCGGCGUGCGAGUCAUCUUCCGGCAACAGAUCCAGCCAUGGCACCCUUCGUCAACACUAGUGCACGAGGCAGCGGCUGCGGUGCUAAAGGUCGCGCCGAGUCAGUUCUGGUAUUUCUCGGAGAAGUUGUUUGACAAGCAGAAGGAGUACUUUGAUGUGAAUGUUGUGAAUGAGUCGAGAAAUGAGACGUAUAAAAGGUUGGCGAAGCUGGCGGGGAGUGUUGAGGGAAUAGAGGAGAAGAAGAUUCUUGAUUUGCUGCUUGUCAGUGAUAAGCCGGGGAAAGAUGGUGGGUUGAAUAUUGGGAAUGGCGUGACGGAUGAUGUGAAGCUCAUGGUCAAGGCGAACAGACUGACGGGCGUGCAUGUCACACCGACUGUCUUGUUCAAUGGCGUGGAGGAGCGGAGUAUCAGUUCGAGUUUCUCCGGGAAGGACUGGGAGGACUGGCUGUCGAAGAAUGCCACAUGA